AUGGUUGGCUUAGCCGAUACCAACAUCGUCGGUGCCACAGACGAAGUGAAGCGCAAAACUUCGUACUGUUCCCAUGACGUGAUGAACAGAGGGCGCGCGCCCCAUGACCGCCCAGCCACAGCACAGCAGGGGGAGCAUGAGCCGAGGUCAGGGGUCAUGCUGGCCCGGCCCGACCACGUACGGAGGCAACAGACCAGCUCUUCAGUGACCCGGAACAGCACUCAUGUCCUGUAUACGGUCAGCGCCACCGACACCUCGCACAGCUUCAGCAACAGCAGCAACACCACCGACAGCCACGGGAAGCUGAGCCGCGAGGCGAGAUUCUACGAGAGCUACAACCCUUCCACGGGCGUCCACACCGCAGCCGUUCUCGGCGGGAUCCUCAUCUGGCUUGUGCUCUACGUCAUCUACAGAACCAAAAUCCGGAAGUGCGUCAUCACGCUCGUGAAGAAGAAGCUCGGCUCCUUCGACGAUAUCGACGCGAAGAAAUCGACAGAUUCCGAGAACAACUCCAACACCGCUUCCAAUCCGAAUACCGUGAGAGCGUUGAUUAACCCGAGUAUUAUCAUCGAGACUUCCCCGCCCGAGAGUUCGCCCAAGUCUCCGAGCACGUACGAGCAGUACAUGAAAGGCGGAGGUCACGACUGCAUGAGUCAGCACGGCUGUGGGCUGCACGAGGAGAACAUGGUGUUUCAGUUCCCGUGCCCCACACACGGUGGGUCUACCCAGCAGCUGCACACCACCAACUGUCAACACCAGAGCCAGCUUCACCUGCAGCUGCCCAAAUCGGAAAUGGACAUCCCUUCGGCCACAGCACAGUGGGUACAGAACAUGCCGCUCGCGGCGCGGAGCCAUCAAGACUUCGCCAAACUGAUGAUGCAUAUACAAAGCCGUGGUCUACUGGCUAUGCACAAACCUUGCAGCUGCCCUCACGUGCCGGCAGCGAGCCCCGCCCCCCUCCCGCUACUGGACCUACCCACCACAUGGAACAAAAGCCUGCCUGUGUUGUCCAGUAGCGUGUCCAGUCAGCUCAUGAGUGCGUACGAGACACUUAAUAAUAAUCACGUGACGAGAACUAAAGAUCUGAAGGAACUUCUCAACGCCAAGCGCAGGCAGAGUUCUCAGGAGAACAGAGGGAUGAGUAUGGAUAAAGACGAGGGGCACGACGAGUACCUCAAGAAAAAGAAACAUUCCAACAGGAGGCAGAGCAGCGCGGAUGUAAAGCAAGCUGAGAAUCAGCACAAUCAAAGGAAGAAGAGGUCUUCCAGGAACAACCCUAACUUGACUAUUCAGAUUCCCGACCCGAAGGAGACGGCCACUCUGAUCAACAACGCGUCCGUGAACCGUUCUCCAAUGCCCAUCCCUGUCACGCCUACUGUCAUGAUACAAAACUCCGCCCCCAAAGUCCCGCCCAGGCGUCAAGGGUGCGGGGGCAGUAACACAUCAAUCAGUUCCAGCUCAUCCACCGAUCUCCUGUUAGGCCCGCCCAUCGUCGCGCCAGUCCAGAUCUCAUACCCCGCCCCUUCUAGUCGCAUUCCCUCCCCUCACCUUUUAUCGCCCGCCUGCGACACUCGGACUCAUGGCGGACAUCGACGAAACAGUCAGCACUUCACGUGGAGCCAGGAAGACCUCCAUCGAUAUCACAGCACUCCGGGAAAUCUACCCGCCCCCUCCCCCACGCCCCGCCCCCCAGCACAACACCCGUGCGGGCUUAGUGGUCACCAGUGCUCAUUCAAAUACAAGAAACGUGAUAAUAAGUGUGUGAGCCCGCUGGCAACCAGCAACUGUCCAGAGAUGAGGCGGUACAAAAGUUUAAGUGACCAGUACUUCCAAAACGUAGCAAACGCAAAUGAGAACGCGAGCAAUGUGAAUACACUGGCACAACAUCGCCGCAGCAUGAGUGACUACGGUAGCGAGACUCCCGACAACAGCCACUUCGUCCGACGUCAUCAGCGGAGUCUCUCAGCAGACGUGGCCUUCAUGAACCUUCAGAGAGACCUGGGAAGUCCGACCUACUCCAACGGAAGCAAUAAAAACUCUCUGCCCGCCUCGUCGCCUUCUCCCAACCGGCUCCAAGUCCCCGAUCCGAGUGGUUUCUAUAGGCCGGUCAGUCCAGAAGUGGUCAACUCCAACAUUAACCACAGGACGGGGACUGUGUUGGUGGGUGGUGGCGGGAGUGGUCGGUAUUCCCCUACAGCGCAGAGCGCCCUCAUGCGGCGGUUUGUUCACUCGGACAGUAAUCUGGCCUACCUCAGCGACCAGUUCUUCCCGGCGUCGGGUCUGUGGCCAGAUAGCACGGCGCCAGCGACACCGCGCCGACACAGUAGUACCGUGCAGCCCUCAGUGGUGGACUCGAACUUCUUGUACUGCUGCGAGACCUCCUCUCGUCCCACUUCCUCUCUCUCCCGACACUCUCUCCUCAGUCCAGCAAGCCCACCUUCUCCGUACCCGGCCUCGUCAGCCUCGCCACAGUCUCCGCAUCUGAGCCGCCACCAUCACCAUCAGCAACAAGUGGACAAUAAGGCAAAACAACUGCCACUUGCAUUCGCGCUGACGAGUGGGAAGAGACGCCGGGACUACCAGGCUGUGUUGCCGGCUCUAAAAGGAGAGCUUAGGCGUCUGCAUGGUGAGGAUGCAUUCUUCUCCCUGGAGGCAGCAUUGGCUUAUGUGCGCCUCACCUGGCUGGACAACACACUGUGGCACCCCUCCAGUGGGUCAGCCUUCUACUGGUUCGUCAGGACCAACAAAGAUGUUGAGGGCUGGCAUCACCGCCUAAAUAGCAAGGCUGCAUGAGGGCAGUUGAGUUCUGUAUCUGCUGCUUCAACCCUUGUCCAGGGAGGCUGCUCCCGUAUCAGUAAACCUGACCCUGUGCGAGAAUCCGCAAUCAUCCGGCGGCACAGAAAAGCAGCAAAGAACGCCACCAGGAAGCUGUUCAAGCUUUGGGACCAGCUCAUCGCAAGGGAAAAGACAGCAAGACAGAUCCUGCGUGCUGCCAGCAAGCUGCUGCCAUUGUAG